CGCGUCACGUUGACCAAUCACCUUCUGAGGUUUGACUGUUUUCAAAAUCAGACCAAUCGUCUCAACAUUCCUCCGCUGCGACCAAUCAUAGAUCUACUAUGUAGUAUGUGGGCGUAACUUCCCACGGCCAAUCAGACGAUAGGAAAGAGUUUAAACGGUUAACGCGGGCGGUCCUAAAGCGGCUUUGGGGCGGGGCCAUUCAAGUGAGGACGCGUGCUUGAAUUUGAAUCGAGGCAAGAGCGACAAACUUGUAAAGAUAUUAGUCAUGCACUGCAGCAAAACAGAGGACGUAAGCGGUAUGUUAACACUGUAAACCUCACUUUUCUGCUUGUAUUAGUACGUAAAUAUCUGUACCAUUUAUACCAGCUUGGAUUUUAACAGUUAAACAGCUGCCCAGAUCUGAAGCUACAACAAGCACCGCUGUCGGAGGAGAUUACUCUGCACUUGCAAUGAAAGCGAACCGUAAGUAACUUCAGCAACUUAAGUCAUCUAAAACUUGUUUUAUUGGCUUGUUUAUAGUCAAAGUUUAAUGCUUUUUAAAUGUGUUAAAUAACGGGAAUGAAUGGGAGUUAGCACCGCUAGCUGACUAACUCUAACACAGACGUUGAUGAGGGCAUCCAUGGAUGAGUUAUUACUGUGCUUUAAAAUAGAUUAAAGGUGACUUUACCUAUCUAAAAUAUACAACAUUGUGUUAAUAAUCACAUCUGCGGUGAUUCCUGAACUAAAAUAAUGGUUUAAACGUCAGGAAACCUUGUUGUAGCCAAACGUUAGCUGUAUUUGGUCUCAGAGAGGGGAGGGAAAUUUGGGCGCUCACCCUGUUUGACUUCUCAGUCAGGCACUGAGUUCUCCAUCGAUAGAAAACCUAACUUUAUCAGCUUAAUUUGUUAAGUUUAUCUGCUUUAACAUGUAGAUUUUAAACGUUUGACUUUUCACGAAUUCAAAUGUUUUUGCGCGUUAAUAUAGUGUUUGGUUGGACCACCCGGAGAUGCCUUACGUUAGGAGUUUAAAUAUGGAGCCAUAACCUUUUGCCUGAGUGUGUAUUACCAUGGUGGCCACUUCCCUGCUUUAAAUGCAGUGCCAGUAUUUGUUUGACAUCAAUGUGAUAAAGAGUUUGUAAGCCCAGCACUCAGAUGUGAAAUAGUUUUGAGCACCAAAGUUAGAGAAACUCCAGAGGGGCAGACUUAACACUGACAUGUAUUUCUUUUUUUUCUUCUUUUUUUCAGCAAUCCACUGCCAUUGUUCAAAAUGCUACCCGCUUCCAGUUCGUAAGCGGGUCCGUAAGCGAAUGCCACCCCUCACCUUGCUGUCUCUACCUGAGGAGAUCCUCCUGUAUGUGCUCCAGUCCCUCUCUGCUGAGGACCUGCUGUCUGUCAGAGCAGUGAGUAUUCACUUGCCAAUCACAUAGGCCUCCUGUAACCAUUUUGAUUUGUUUGGUUUGUUGAGGCACUAACUCACUUGCCGGCUGUCACAGGUUCACUCCCAGCUGCGGGACAUUGUUGACAACCACUCCAGUGUUUGGGCCGGGGUCAGUUUUAGGGACACUUGGCCCUGCCCAAAAACCUUAUGGCUCUUUGAAAGGUACAGCCACUUCUGUACUUUUAAAACAUUACUUCAACAUUUAUUUAUUUGUCUUUUCUUUGAGUUUAUUUUUUUUCCUUUUAAUCUGAAAAUGUUCUGCUUUUUUUAGAGCUGCUGAAAAAGGGAACUUUGAAGCUGCUGUGAAGCUAGGGAUCGCUUAUUUGUACAAUGAAGGACGUAAGUUGACCUACCAUUUUUGAAUUAGAUGGUUUCAGUUUUGAGGAUUUCUACCAGUUUUUUAUGCUCUACUUGGGUUCCUGCAAAUUAUUAAAAAGAUAUAAUAAAACACUUACAUUGUAUAAUGACACUGUUAGGCCUUAAAGGUCUAAUUUUGCUUUUAAUAAGUGUGCAGCAACCUCGUCCACAGCUCUGCUUUUUUCCUCUCUAAUAGCAUUUCUAAGUGACGAGGGGCGAGCAGAUGUGUGUGGUCGGAAAGCAUCCCACUUUUUCAGCCUUGCAGAGAGCCUUCGUUCCCCCUCAAUAGAUCCCUUCAUCUGGGUGUUCAUCCGUCCCCCAUGGUCAUCCACCGGCAGCUGCUGCAAGGCUGUGGUGUUUCACCAUCUUAAGGCUGAAUGUGAGAGUAGCGUGGUAGGUGUCGCUCUUAAAUCUGAAAUGGUGAAAAGUAUUAUCGGCGAAUAUUGUUGCAAGUGCAUUACUCAUUUUGCACAACUAUUUUUUUUUUCUGCAGGAGAAGAGAGGACCAUUGUUGCACUGUUUGGCCAGAGUUUUGCAGCUAUUUGAAGUGAGUGUGAAACUGAGACUGACUCUGUUUGGGUGUGGUUUGCUAAGUUUCUAUGAGCCCCAAUGAGAAGGUGAAAAGCUCUGAGCUGCUGUCACAGGGGCUACUCAAGAUGGGACAUUUGUAGUUUCAUCCUUUGAGCAUUACUUUACACAGCUUGAAGAACCUUGAUUUGUCUCUCACAUCCUCGCAGCAGCGUUUGUGUUUUGGUUAAACGGUGUUUGACUGAUUUUUACACGCUGGUCUGUUGUUUUUCACCUUAUCUAGGCGGAUGAAAAGCGCCAAGAUGCCAUAUCUAUGCUCAAAGAGUCUGCACAGGCCGGCUGUCUGCCAAGCUCCUACUUGCUGUGGGAGUACAACCGGAAAACAGCAGUGAGUCUCAGCCUUUGAUUCAGUUUUCUAUUUUUUCUUGCAUAUCGACCGUACCUGCAACUCUCUCCAUAUUAAGCUCAAACACAGGCAUAUAUGUGUGUAGAGAAGACAUGGACACCUUUAACUAGAGAAAAUUCAAUUGUACAAAUUGAAGAUCUGCAGGGAAAUAUGAUAACUAGAUCAAAUAAGCAGUUAUGUUUUUUCUCAGUUGGACUUCUUGUUUUGUCUUUCAGAUUGCAGACCCAGGCAGGUACCUCCAAUAUGUGAGAACACUCAGGGACUACGCAGGCAAAGGAUGCUGGAGGGCACAGGUGUGUGUGUGUGUGAUUGAAAGCACACGAUUGCCAUUAUAUAAACCUGGCAGCCAAUUUUGAUGUGUUCCAGUGCGUUCUCAGUCUUGUGAUAACCUUCAUAUUAAGCCUGCAGGUUUAUUCCCUCUCAGCGGUUCAAUGAAAAUGAAAGGUUGUGUGUGACAGCUUUUCAUUUGUCAUGUUUUCUUUCUUUCCUUUUUUUUCUGUUCCGCCUCUCUUCUUUUUUUUAUUUCCCACUCCUCCAUCUGUCCACAGCUGGGUAUUUUUUAUUGAAACACUUUAAGCUGUGUUCAGGGGGCUUGGCACCUGUUGACUUACAGUUCUUGUGAUUUGCUUCUGAAAGCUUUGCUGUUGUGCAGCACUCAAUCACAAAAAUGUGACUCUCCUGAACUCUAAGUUAAAACGGCAGCAAUCUGUUAACCCCCUCUAUUUCUUUCUUUCUUAAUGUAGCCCGGCUGAAAGAUAACUGUCAGUUCACUGAAUUUACAAGCCAAUUUGUAACUUCUCAUCGACUGUAAUGUUUUUUUUUUUUCUCAGCUCUCUCUGGCGAAAGUGUGCAGCAGUGGGAAUCCUCUGGGCUUGGAGUCAAAAGCCCGCUCUGACUUGGUGGCUCAGCUCUUCAGCUGCAGCCCGGCGUCACGUCACUGCACUCAGGACAUCCUCAGACGAGGCAUCAAGGACACCAUGAGGUAGACUGGAACAGAUGUCCGCCAUGAUAUGAUAUAACAGGCAUCACUGGUGAAUAAUAUCUAUGAUGGACAAUGAAAAGAUCCAGGUUUAGUCAUAAAGAUGACUCAGUAUGUUUGGAUCAUCUCAGCUUUCUUUAAUGACAUUAGUAAAGAGCCGCUGAAAUAGAAGACGAACAUCAGCGUGCUGGUCUAAGACUUCCUGCAGAAUCAAGCGAGUAAUCUCCCUUGAAAGAGGGUACAUAUCAUAUUUCCACCCAGCAAAAUUCAUCCACUUCAAUUUGAUACAGACGAUGUAAUCUGACCCAAAUAUAAGAAGACCUUGAUUGCAAGACGACUCCCCCUUCUUAGGAAAAGACCUUGAAUUGGAUUUUUUUGAGCUCUCCGUGAGGAAACCAGUCCCAUUACACCCUUUUCUGACAAGUUUCAUAGCCUACCACAUGGAUCCUAAUGUCUCCCACCGCCUGAGAUAGAUGACACUGGUGGGCAGUGAGAGCCAGCACAUCAUUGUGGUCAUCAAGUGGGCACCUCCCUUUACUGGUGUUUCCUCAAGCUAGGACCACGACACCCUGGAGAGGCUUAACAGUGUGCAGAACCACCCCUCUCCUGGCCAGCUCCAUUCAUAUCCACGAGCAGGACCUCCUUAUCUUCCAGCCUGACUGUUACAGCAUCAGUACCUUUUAAUAGACCCAGUCCUACCUGCCUCUGUUUAUGACCUCGUAAAUAGAAAAGUUUUUAAAGUCUUGUAAUGAAACUGUCAGAGUAAAAUGAAAUUUAAAAAAUGAAGCGGUUACCCCGUAUGCCUCGACUGUUGGACAGUCUCGAAAUCUCUCUGCUGUGUUACUUUUUUACAAACCUCGUCAUGUCAGAGUCAAAACUCUUAACGCUGUUAGUGAGCUUGUCCUCGGAUCACCAUGUCUCUCCAUCUGCCAUCCUUCUGGUGCUGCAGCACUGAGUGACACCUCACUGUCCAAGAGUACGCUCGUUUCACAUAUGACUGGCAGCAUCCACUGACUUGGAGCUUAAUUACUGUCCGACUUUUUCACGAUGUAUUUGAAGGGAAAAAAGCUAAUUUUAUAUUUGGGUCAGUAAAGUAGUUAGUGUAAAACUGAUGUAUAUAUUUAUUUCUUCCCCUGCUUCUUCAGGUACAUCCUGGUGGACUGGCUUGUGGAAGUGACCACCAUGAAGGACUUCUCCAGCCUGACGCUGCAUGUGACAGUAGGCUGUGUGGACCGGUACCUGUCUCUGCGCUCUCUCCCAAAGGCCCGUCUCCAGUUAUUAGGCAUUGCCUGCAUGGUUGUUUGCUCACGGUAAGCAUGCAUUCCUGCAAACUCUGACAAUUUCACGUGUCUUCCUUCUCAGUGGAAACGCAGGAAAUCUCCUUUUUUUUUUUUUUUUUUAACUCUAUAAUAUUUUUAUUACUUUUGUACAGAUCAUUACAGUACAGCUCUUGAAAGCGCACAAGAACACCCCCUUUCCCUCAAGACCCUGUCCACUGCUGGAUAUUCCUAUUACUGUGCUUAAAUAACAAAUUCUGAAGCUAAAACCAAAAAAAAAAAAUAAGUGCUGGAUUUCGGGUUUUGUAGAUGUUGAGAUAAGACGUUGUGAAAUAGAAAGUAAAAAGAAAAUAAGUGAAAUGAACAACUGUACGUUAAGAGAAAUACAUAUGUAGACAAGUCGCUGAAAACCGAAAAAGUCCAUAAAAGAGAGAAGUUAACUUUUUUUUGAACCCGUUUCGAUAAUGCACUUAACCGGGAUAAAUUAAAAAUGCUUCUGUCUAUCUGUUUGGUAUUUUCCAGCUGUAUCAGUACAGAAAUCCUGACGAUACGUGAGGCAAUAUGGCUCACAGACAACUCCUACAAAUACGCAGACCUGGUUCGAAUGAUGGGAGAGGUCGUCUCUGUUCUCAAGGGAAAAAUCAGGGUAAGUGUAGCAAACAUCUCCAUAUGUGAAUAUAAGAAAUUAAAGAAUUUGGGUUUAAAGCAGUAAAUGAAUUGGCUUCCUCUUCAGAGCCCCACACUGCUGGACUACGGGGAGGUGCUGCUGUCUCUGCUCCCUCUGGAAAGACGGACCACUCACCUCUUCAGCUACAUCUGCGAGCUGUCGCUGCUCUACUCCGAUCUCACCUCUAUGCCCCCCGCCAAACUGGCCUGUGCUGCACUGCUGCUUACCCGAGCCCUACAUCACUGUGGUAAUAACACUUAAAGACACAUGUAUUCCUCAAAUACUCCUUUCAAACAGUUAAAGAAUUUACAGCUCGAGUUGAGUGUUGUGUUUAUGUUCACCUUGAUUUAUGUCUGCGUUCUCUCUCUGCAGCUCCACUUUGGCCCAGCCAGUUGGUCGACAACACGGGCUACUCCAAGCAAGACCUGGUCUCCCUCUCCGUGCUGCUCUUUGUCAAAUGGUAAGCUCCCUCCAUGCUCACUGUCACAGGAUGUCUCUGCAUCUACACAACGGCACACUCAGACCUUUUUCUAUUCAGUUGGAGUGUGCAGAGUCGUGCUGGUUAUCAUGACCUUCCUUUAGGGAGGGCAUGUUUCAGUCUGCUCCUUAAAGACACUUCAUCUGCGGUGACCUCUGCAGGCUAAGUGCCUCCUUGUGACGAAUGCAAUCACUUAAGAAAAAAAUUGGUUUUUAAAGCGAGAGGCUCUGGAUUGUUCAUCUUUUUAGAGCGAGGGCGGUUUCUUUCCCUACCCCUCUGUCUUGUAGCUUUACAGCUGAUUCGCCAAGUGGACUCUGAUUGGCUCAUUAUGUUCUGUAGAUUGUUUACUAACAGUGAACCUUCACAUUAUCCACGCUGAACAUUUGAUUUGUUUCUGAAGGCUAACAAAGAAAUCAGGCAUAUGAUUGUAAUAUCAAACUUACCUCUGCACACCACCGGGAGUUUUGACAUUUAUUCAGUAUUUCUGACGCAAAUUAUACGUUUAUAGGCAGUUUCAGGGCGCAGGACACCUGAGGGGAGAUUUCACACUGAAUAGGCGUUUAAUCUCAAACCCCAGCAGAUCAAAAGUCUGGCCUAUUAUUACCCAUAAAGGCUGUACAAAAGCCAAUUUCUCCUGUCGGUACUUUUUGUAUUUGAAUAGUUUCCUUCCUUUUGCCAGAGAAAGAAAAUUGACAUUCAAUCCAAACUGUGCGACACUCGUAGCUUUACAGCUGAUUUGCCGAGUGAGUAAACGAAAAGGACGCUAAUUGGCUCAUUAUGUUCUAUAGAUUAUUUACUACUGUUUCUGUAGAUUAAGUCCGACCUAUCAUUACCCAUAGAGGUUGUACGAAAGCCAAUUUCUCCUAACUACAAAAACAAGAGUGUCAUGUUUGAAGCCUUUAAGUCUGCUCUGCUCUGUAGCUGCACUUUUAAUGUACACAUUAUCUACACUUACACAAAUUAUGGUGAGCUUUCUAUCCAGAUUGUUAACAUAUAAGAAAUAGUCGUGGUAAAGGAAUAAGCUUCUUGUCCGUGUUAGUUGUAGCCUGUAAGAACAAGUGGGCUGGUAAACAACCACUCAUGCCUGUAGGAGGCCCAAAGGUUACAGAGUCAUAUCAGUGUUUUUUCAGUGUAGGAUACAUUUAGAUACAGUACGACACAAAUAUCUCAGAGGAUGUCUUGUGUUUUGGAUGUCUAACACUCAAUCUCCAAGCAUUCGUGUGAAUAUUUUUCCAUCGGUAGAAAACUGCUAGCAUGAAUUUCAAAUUCUGGCAAGAUUUGGUCUCUCUGUUGAUGGUGAAAGAGUUGAAGAGGCGUCAUUGAUGUGCUUUGGUAACAGUCAUCACAGCAUUACUCUUGCUCUUGAAAUACAAAUAUUAAUAUAAGCAGAAUAGGAAUGAAUAAGAACAAAUAAGGCAUGUCAACCGUUAACAAAAAGAUCAAAAACAAAGGUAUUUACUAAGACCGACUGUAACAGGCUGCAUGCAUAGCCGGCGCAUGCACACCAGUCGCACUAGAAAGAUCACGACACGGUUUAAGUUAAUCAGGGAAGAGCAAAGCUGUUGGUUAUUCAUAAUUUAUCAGCUGCAAAUGUCACGGCUUUAUUCUGCAAGAGAAAAAAGUCAUUAUCCCAGAGGUAAGAAAGUGGGAUAAUGGCUGAGCCUUUCAAUUUGGCAGAUGAUGAGGCUUGUUGACAUCUGUGUAUGGUGCACUGGGAAAACUUUCAAUGCAAACUAAGCAGGUGUUAUACCCCGCACUCAAAUACAGAGCACACGGGACUAACGCUGACAGUUACCGCUCUCAUUCUGGUAAAGCAGAUGCAAGUGUUUCUAAAAUGUGAAGGAUGACUGAGUGGCAACUUGUUGUUUGUCCAUUGUGAAUGUGGAACAAUAGCCACACCCUUGUUAAAAUUACAGAUUAUCAUUACCCAAACAUCAAAUUUCAAAGCCUAAAAUCAUGAAGGGAAAAUCUGCCAGCCUGUUCUCGGAUGAUUUUCUUUACCUUGGCUCACACAGGACUUUUUCCAGUCACUGCUCUCCCUUAUGAAAGACAUGAUCAGAAUUGAUUAGCGAUGUGUCUGGCUGUUUUCAGCAUGCUCAUAGCCACAUUAAUUAGAUAUAAGACCAUCUGUAAUGUCUGGUGACCAGGAUAAUGGAUGACCAUAAAGCAAACAUGAAGCCCUGAGAGGGCUGCAGAGUCAUAAAAGACUGAAGGAGGCAUGGAGGCUGUAGAUCUGGGGGAGUUUGAGUGUGUUUGUGUGUCUGAUCGGUGAAUCACCAGCUGAGUCACGGAAAUGUGCCUCAGGGUGAGUCACUUUGAUAGGUGAGCAUUGUAUCGAUAAACAGUAAUUCUCAAAUGGACGAGUAACAGGAUUUGUCCACGAGAGUUAAAUACGAGCAUGCAGCGAGCAAAGUGGAUCAAACUCAGUCAUUUUCUUGUCUCUUCUCCCCUCCCUCCCAAUCCUUUUUCUCCCCAUGUCUCCCUCAGUUUCAGUCAAGAUGUUCCCAAAGAUUACAGGCACGUGCCUCUCACUGGAGUCAAACAGCGAUUCGAAGACGAGGCCUUCCAGAGCAUCAGCAAAGAGAGGGUAACUGAUUCAGAGUUUUUGUUGCAAGUCUCGGUGGAAAAUGAAGAAGUGGGACGCCAUCUCUCCUCUUGGUUCUCACUUAUAUUCCUUUUACGUCCUUCAAAAGGUGAUGGACUACACAGAGUUAUGUCAGAUCUUGGAGAUUCCUGAGGUGGAGCCUCAGAUGGAGCUUCCCAGUCCGACUAGUCAGCCAGCGGAUAUCCAAACCUUCCUUGCAUCUCCAUCCAGCACCAGCAAAAAGUAAGCAAGUCCAUAGAAAUAGAUGCAAUCCAUCAAAUUUGAUGUGUGUGAUAUUAAAAACCCAAUUUGACUGAUAAAAGUGUUACACUUAUUGAGUGGGAUUGCGAAAUAUUCCAGGAUUCCUACGAUGUUCUUAUUUUCAUUCAGGGAUUCAAGGAAAUCGGCCUACGUGAAGAAGUUCGGGGCUCUAAAUUCCCUGUAGUUAGGCAGCUUCUCAUUCAAACUGACAAUGUGUAUGCGCGAGUAUCUCUCUGUCUAUGAGACCUACAUGUACACACUUUGACCGUCUGCCUCACCACCUGUCUUCUCCCAUCAACUGUGAGCUACAGAAACCGUUCAGGGCUCCAGAAAUUCAGCCCAUUGAGGACAUUAUGGCGUACAUUUAGGAUGUUUUUAAUUAAUUAUAUCAAUAUGUUCUGUAGAGUCUUGCAUGUUCUCACAAGCUCCUUAUCAUGAAUACAGCCAUUGUAGGGGAAGGAGCACCAGGGUCGAGUUGGAGAGCUGUUUCCUCAGCUUCAAGCUUCCUUUUCCUGCUGUAGUGAUGUUUCUACCUUCACCAUGGUUACCAAUUAGUGCACUUAGAAGCAGCUUUCCAGUCAGCUGUGUGUCUCUAACGGCCAUAUGAGACAAAUGAAGCCAGGCUCAGUACACAGAGUACUGGAGGCUACAUUUAAAACCCUUCACGAGAGCACUUGACGAACUUCAGCCCCUAUCACCUUCCACAAACUUUGACCUUACAGAAACCAUCAGGGCUCCAAAAAUUCAGCUCAUUGAGGACAUUAUGGGGUGUAUUUAGGAUUUUUAUUCAUUUAAAUUUUCCCCAUUUUACAAUCACUCAGUGAAAAUGCAUUAUUUUAUUCUUCAAACACAUAAAACUCAUUCAAACUGAUUCAAUCAUUUCUGAUACUUCAAAUUCUUCUUAUACUUGAUGAUUUUUAAUUAUUGAAAUUUUCCCUGUUUUUUAAUAAGUGGAAUUUCUUAAUGGAUUAAUACUGAGAUUAAUUUUAACAGGCGCAAUCCCACUCGCAAUGUCUUCAAAAAUUGCAUUUUCUAGUUGAUAUGUGAUACUGUUGAAAUGUGGUGCAUUAUGCAUCUUAGCCUGCAAGUACUACUUAAAACUUAAUAAGCUCCAGUGACAUGUUUUACAUGUUUAAAUCACAUAUGAUAUGACUUUAUGAUUAAAAAAAAGUCCUGAUGAGAGCUAAUUCACGCUGCUUCCCCGAGGCACUGGAGUAGUAUUACUUCUUAACUUGCUGUUAUGGUUUAUUCAAUAUCAGCAUUAAUUUUGCAUAAUCUGAGUCUGCCCAAUUCUUUUUAAUGGAGAACUGAACCCAGGGGUGCAAUAUUCACACAAGCAUUUGUGUGAAAGUCGUCAUCACCGCUGGAUAAUUUGGCCGACAUAUCUGUCUUUAUUGCUAUCAGUGGUUUGCUGAAAUUGGAAAAAGGUUUUGUACAAGUUUUAUAUUGGCAUUUUUUUCACACCAGCUUUUACACCAACUGCAGAUCAGAUUGUUGACAUCUGAAGUACUAAAAUGACAGAUGCAAAUUAUCCCAAAAGUGACUCACUAAACGACAGCUUCAGUGGCUCCUGCUCCCGCCUCUCUUCUUGCUCAUUUAGCAGCACUUAUCAGUUCAGACUCUCCUGCGCUCCAGGACUUGUGAACAGACCCCGUUUAGGAGGCGUUUGUUUUUUUGCCAUCUGUGAGACGCCGCGGUGACUCACCGUAACUCACUGAUUCUCCUCUUUCUCCCCAGGAGACGAGAUGACGCCAUGGAGGCCCACAGAGCCAGCUUCAUGGCCACGCCCACGGCAGAGCUGUCCAACCAAGAGGAGACGCUGCUGUGGGACAUCAUGGAGUGGAGCCUCGACAUGUCCUGCUCGGGUUACGAGGGGGACCAGGAGGAGGAGAGCGAGGUGGAGAGAGAAAGUGAUUGUGAGUGUUGAGGGGGUCCGGUCUGAUUCUUAGCAGAGCCUUAAGCAUAUAAAUGAAGUAAUGAAGUAAUCCAUAUAUAGAGGAGAGUAAUGCAUGAGUCACUCUUCAGUAGGACAUAAUGUUGCCAAAGAUGACUCAGCGGUUGCGAUGUCCUGCAUAAUAAAUCAGUGCAUGCAUUAAGGCCUCCAUAUUAUUCAGACUCCUUAUUAUGGACAAAUGUAAAUUGAUGUUCGCGUUAGUUGGGGUCUGCAGUUUCUGUAAACUUCACUAAGCAUGACUGAUGGUAACCAUUCUCCCUCUUGUCUUGCAAUAGUCUGCUCGGUGGACCAAGAGGAGGAGGACAGCAGCACAUAGGAGGAGAGUGUGUUUUAUAGUAUGUAUGUUUUAAAAAAAAAAAAUGUUCUAAGACAAAUAAAUGAAUCAACUCUAAA